ACUGUCAUUCCAGGGCAAAAGUGAUUAACGUUUUGUUGUUUUCUCGCAAUCUAUCCUUGAUUGUGUUGUCGGUCCUAGUCUUGUUCGGAAUACUUUUUCUCAAUCAGUUUUUUGCAAUUUUUCGCGGUUAGUCGGAAGCAAAUCAGUGAGAAUCCUGUGCGCAAUUGAUCGGCACAAUGUCCUCAAGCGAUGGGUCCUUGCAGGGGAUACAUUUUCUCGAUCUCCCGGAUUGUAUGAUCGAGCAAGUUUUCGAGUAUCUCAGCUACGACGAAAUUGCCAAGAAGCGAAAUGUAUGCAAAAAGAUCGAUCGCGUUUGUCAAUCGCUGUUAAACCGAGGUUUCAUGAAAAUGAUCAAAAGGCAUAACGCCAACCUGAAAGCGAUUAAAUCGCAACUUCCAAGGCGGGAAUCCGAGCGCAGGAAUCAUCCCCUUGCCAAGCACUCGGACAUCUUAACUUGCAUCGAGACCCGCAUUUCGAUGCUGUCGAUGACCUACUCGAAGUACAUCGAAAAGGAUUUGUGCUGUUUCAUUCCUGGGAAGGUGAUUGACGAGGUGUUCAAUAUCCUAAAGUUGAUUGAAAGUACCUCAAAGCCUUUGAGGGCCCAUGAAGUGCUACAGGAGCUGAGGGACAUUUCAUCGAUGGCCAUUGAACACUUUGACGAGAACAUUGCACAUAGACUGAAACGUAUAAUGGGGGUGCACCAUCCUGGCGGAAGUCAUUUGCCGUUUGCGACUCCUGGCUUUAUCCAAAACGAGGUUGUGCUUCCCUGUGAUGUAAAUGGGGAGAAAUUGAUCCUCCCCACACUAACUCCGAUUUCACCACACAAGGCUUCUCCACAGCAGCUUUAUUGUCACCAAAGUUCCUCUUCGGCUUGCAGUGCAAGUCGCAUUAAUAACGCAUCGAUUGCCAGAAUUACCAACAAAUCUCGCAAGAUGAGACUCACCAUCAAUAAGUUGGUGGCAGCAAUGCAAGGCUCAAAGAAUGUAAUGAAACAGAUGCGCACUCAAAUCAUGCGCAAUUCUGUGGAAAUUAAAGAUCUCCGCCGUCGUUUGGAAGAAUCCGAAACGAAAAACUGCGAACUGUUAGCCAAUAUUAACCAGUUAGCUUUCGGUGUACCCUCGAGCUCGGAAUUGGCUUCUGGGGCAGCCGAAACAGCACCCAAAGCCAGCCGAGCGGCCGUUGUCCGUAAUAUUAAGCCCCGAUCGGCGACCAUUAUAUUGAAACGAGUUCUGGCCAAUACGGAAAGCCUCGGUGUCUCAUCGAUGGGUAGUCAACAGGAUUACGAUGACGCAAUGCCGGGAAGCUCUAAGCGUACCAAACAUAGCCAAGAUUAACCUAAAUGCUGUGCAAACAUUUCUCUCUAUAAGCUAUCAUAAUCAGCAAAUUUGAGAUACUUAACACACACGAGGAACUCAUUUUAUUUUUCGUUGCGCCGUUUCCAUUUCUGUGUUAAAAGGGCUGCUCACCAACCACGUACAAUAAUUCUCAAGUUUGCAAUGUUCCUCCCUCUUGUAGUGUGUUUGUCUUGGGAGGACAUUGAUCAAACUCUAUUCGAAAUCCUACGUGGUAAAAAAGUGGCUUGUUCCUGUCGAAUGAAAUUCUUCGUUUAACCUUUCUGUAUACGCGCCAAACUGUGCAGUAAAAGCUGGCAGAGAACGUUAAACAACUAGAAAUUUAGCAAUUUGAAAAUAUAUAUUCAAAUACGAUUAGAUUAAGGCAAGAUAAACAUAAUUAAUGUAGUAGAUUAAGAACUGCUUAUAGACUAUUCAUUAAUCCGAGAAACUCAACCCAAUAAUAUUAAUAAUCUACGACCUAUCUAUAAUUGCUACAGCAGUAACUGAGUGCGCACUCAUUUCUGUGAAUUUCAAUUAUUUUUCUUUCUUCACCAUGCUGGAUGUUGUAUCCCCGAGUAGCAUAGCAUAACGAAAAAUAACAAUAAAAUAAUCUCAGUAGAAA